AGGACCCUUUAAGAGCCGGCUAAGCGACUGCAUCCGUGAUUUUGAGUUUCACCUCCUUCCCAAAUUUAAUCUAUCGAGGUGCCAAAAGGGUUCAGCCACUCGUUACCCUUUUAUCCCGUCGUUUGACUACAGCUCCUCUUCGUACUUGUUGAUCGGAACAUUUCCACCAGCUAAGAUGCGUUUCACCACUUCCGUGGCUUUGUGCCUCGUGGCGGCCCUGUCAAAUGCCAUUCCCACUCCACAGACAGAUGGCUCUGCUGCCGACUUGCCAACCCAAGCCUCCCCAGACGAGGCCCAGGCCCUUGAGCAGCUUGCACAGUUGGCAGAAUUUGCUGGCCAGACGACCAAUGAAACACUCGCAGCGAACAAGAAGCGGGAUGGAUGCUCGCUUGGGAAUCUCUCGAUACGACGUGAAUGGUCUACCCUGAGCAAGCCGCAGCGGAAGGCAUACACAGAUGCGGUCCUGUGUCUGCAAAAGCUACCUGCCAGGACCCCAUCCUCCGUCAUCCCUGGAGCUAAGUCACGUUUCGAUGACUUCGUCGGCACACACAUCCAACAGGCAAACUACAUUCACUACUCUGGAACCUUUCUAGCGUGGCACCGCUACUUCACCUGGUCCUACGAGCAGGCCCUUCGAAACGAGUGCGGCUACAACGGUGUCCAGCCAUACUGGAACUGGGCAUCGUCUGGCGCUGUUGGUCUUGCGAAUUCGGCUAUCCUCGAUGGCUCCGCUUACUCCAUGUCCGGCGAUGGCCAGUACGUCGAGAAGACUGGUGAUAUCAUACUCGGAGGAGCCGAGGGCCUCCCCCCUCUAGUCCUCCCCACCGGCUCAGGCGGCGGGUGCGUGAAAUCCGGACCGUUUGUCAAUAUGAGCGUCAACCUCGGACCAGUCGGGCUCUCUCUCCCAGGUGGCGGCUACGAAGUCAAUGGCGAUGGAUUGAGCUAUAACCCCCGCUGCCUCAAGCGUGAUCUUACCGACGCUGUGGUCCGCAAGUACUCCAACGCCACCGCCAUCGCCUACACUAUACUCAAGCCCCAGGAAGUCUAUGACUUCCAGAUGACCAUGCAAGGAGUUCCCGGAAGCGGCAACAUUGGUAUCCAUGGUGGUGGACACUACGCUAUGGGUGGUGACCCAGGCCGUGAUGUCAACACCUCCCCUGGAGAUCCUCUCUUCUACACCCACCACGCCAUGAUUGACCGCGUGUGGUGGAUCUGGCAGCUGCUCGACAAGAAGGAGCGCACGGGUGCAAAGGGAAUCUCUGGCACUGGCACCUUCUUGAACAUGCCUCCGAGCGCAAACACCACGCUCGACACUGUCAUCGAUCUUGGAUACGCUGCGGGCCCUCCCGUCACCAUGCGUGACUUGAUGAGCACCACGGACGGUCCGUUCUGCUACGCCUACCUAUGAUCGCUUCGUCACGGAGGACCAAACACAUGA